UCAUCCUCUGUUCUCUGCGGGGCAGGACCUAAACAGCUGCUCCGCAGUAAAACCAGCCCGGGUAUCCCAGCGCGUCUCCAAUCCUACAGGCUGUGCUACGUGCUCAGCUCACAACACUCGGCUUUUCUCUCUGACACGUCUCCGUUAUUUGUAAAGGAGUUCACCUGAUCCAUGUAAUUCAAUUUAAUCCAAUAUUAUUGUGAAUAUUCACAGACAAAAGCAGAGCCUUUAUUUUCUACGUUUUAUUGUUGGAUUUGGAUUACACGUGUUACACUAAUUAAUUUGAUAUUUAUUUGUGAGCGGUUCUGUCUUAGUAGACUCACCACUGCGAGGACAGGCUGAUCUUGACAGUCACAGCGUGCACCAGAAUCGCACGUCGUCACAGGACUCCGGGGAGAGCUGACAGAUUGCUCAGCUGGUGUUUGCAGCUGUAUCCUCGGCGCCAAAGCGAGAUACACUGCCAAGGAAGGCUUUAUCUACCGGUUGGAUGCCAUACGAGGCUUUGUAGGUCUUCUUUUAAUUGCCUCGACUCGUUCUCUUGGAUCUACACCUUGCUGUUUGGUUGUCAGUAUGGAUUUCCUACCGGCUCUUCUAUUCUUUUUUCUAUCCGCUGUCCCGUUGUCGGCGGACAAUGCGAACAGUAAAGCCCGGAGCUGUUUGGAUGUCCGACAGUUCUACAGCGGGAAAGGCUUCACCCUCAACGGGGUGCCACAGACAGAGAUAUCUGGUGAGCACCUGCGGAUCUGUCCCCAGGGGUACACCUGCUGUACCAGUGCCAUGGAGGAGACCCUGUCCAACCUGAGUCGCAGGGAGUUUGAGGGGCUGGUCAGAGAGGCAGGGCGCUCGCUACAGGCCUCCCUCAACACACAGUACAGGAGCUUCGACACGUACUUCACAGAUCUCUUGAACAGAUCCGAGCGUUCCCUUCAAGAGUCCUUCCUGGCCACGCUGGGCUCUCUCUACUCCAAGAACGCCCCUGUGUUCCAGGACCUGUACGCUGACCUGCGUCGCUACUACCGUGGCUCCGCUGUCAACCUGGAGGAGACGCUCAACGACUUCUGGGCACGGCUGCUGGAGCGCCUGUUCAAGGCCUCCUCCCUCCCGCAGUACACCCUCACCGACGACUACCUGGAGUGUGUGGCCAAGCAAACGGAGACCCUGCGGCCCUUUGGGGACGUCCCCCGUGACCUCAAGCCCAAGGUCACCAGGGCCUUCGUGGCGGCGCGGUCAUUCGUCCAGGGCUUGACUGUCAGUGGGGAAGUGGUCCGCAAAGUCUCCCAGGUUCCUCUGAGCCCAGAGUGUACCCGUGCUAUGAUGAAGCUUGUGUACUGCCCCCACUGUAGAGGCCUGGCCUCCGUCAAGCCCUGUGCCAACUACUGCAGAAACGUCAUGAAGGGCUGCCUUGCCAACCAGGCCGACCUGGACACCGAGUGGCAGAACCUCGUCGACACCAUGCUGCAGGUGGCGUCUAGUUUCAGUGCUGACCCCAGUGUGGAUGUGGUCAUCAACUCCCUCCCCAUCCGCAUCUCAGAGGCCAUCCUCUACAUGCAGGAGAACACAGAGGUCUUCACCAGCAAGGUGUUCCAGGCCUGUGGGACCCCCAGGGUGGCAGACACACAGAGCUCAGGGUCUGAGGAGAGAAAGAAGAGAGUGAACCCUGCCAGCACCGCAAUGGAGUACAAACCCAGCCCCACUGUAGGGGUCCCACUGGAGAUGCAGAUAUCUGAUGUGUCUAGUAAGCUGCGGGAGAUGCAGCAGUACUGGGUCCAGCUGCCAGCUGCUCUGUGCAAUAGUAAAGUGGCAGCAGGAGCAGCUGGUGACAAGUGCUGGAAUGGCAUGACCAAGGCCAGGUAUCUUCCUGAGGUGAUGGGUGACGGCCUGGCCAGCCAGAUCAAUAACCCCGAGGUGGAAAUUGACAUCACCAAGCCAGACAUGACUAUCCGCCAGCAAAUCAUGCAGCUGAAGAUCAUGACCAACCGGCUGAGGAACGCCCUCAACGGCAACGACGUGGACUUCCAGGAUGCCAGUGAUGACAUCAGCGGUUCAGGAAGUGGAAUGUGUACAGGCGAGUCAUGUGCUCGUAGCGGACCUCGUGUCAUUGUGCCCAAAACAGACAGCACCAGAUACUACAAUCCUCCCGAGAACAAGAAGGUGAAGGGCACAGGAACCCAGACCCACCCAUCUAUCCUCCUCCCCCUGCUCUCAUUGGCCACACUGCUGCUCAGGCGAUAAUGAACAGGUGGUGCAUCCAAUUGAGACUGUGUUUUGAGAUGGAAUAGAAGAGGAAAAAAGGGCAAUUGGUGGGUAACUUUGCCAAAUAGGAAAGGAUUGUCAUUGAAUAAAUGGACUACCUUUUUUUUUUGAUGAGAAAAAAGCAAAGAACAUUAAUAUUCCUUGUUUUUUUUUUGCUUGUUUAUAUUUUUUUAAUGUGGCAAGUAGAGCUGGUCUUUGGCUUCUUUUUUUAUUGUUUCUAUGCUUGGGUGGUGAACAAGGAUGGUUUACAUGCUAGAUGUGAUGUUUGGAUGCCACAGGCUUCUUAGUGAAUAUGCCAUUCUAAUGUAAAGUCAAUGUGACCUUGUUGCAAUGUUCUAACAAUGCCAAUAACAGCUAUGUUGUGAGAACACUGUGAAAGCCGAUUUGGUGCGUAUCUACAGUAUGCUCAUCCAACACAUUAGUUUUUUUUUAUUCAAUCACAGUGACAAGGGAAUGUGGAUCUCUCAAGUAUCUAUUACAUAAAAAAUGAUGGUUUAUUGUAAAACCCUUGCAUCAAUAGCACAUUAAUUAACACAGCAGCAGUGACAUAUCUAUGUCCCAUCUUAAUUUGACCUUCUCACAAAAGGACAAUAAUCUUGCAGCAACAGGAAAUGUGAAUUAUUAUGUGGAUUAUAAUUAAUAUACAUUUUUGUAGGGGUGGAUACAUUUUUUUCAUUAGGGCAAAUCAAGUCUGACAUUUUAAAGUGGAAAUUACAAACUUUAGAAGCCUUUUAAAAACUCUUAAGUUUGCAUUUCCUGCUGCACAGGGACAUUCUCUGUGAUAACAGAGUGAUUAAAUGAAGAUGGGAGAUCUGUAGGUCUGUGAAAGCAGGUGGGUAUAGUAUAACAAUCUAGCCGUUCUCUAUUGAAGGACUGUAGAAAGCCACUUCCGUCAUAUUAGGCCUGGAAGCCUCUCUGUGUCUGAUAUUUUAUUUGAUCAAUCUGGUCUUCAAACUUCUAAAAUCCACCAUUCUGUUAGCAGUCAAGGUGACACACAGCUCACUUAGCCAGCAACACACAGAGUAUACACACUUCAAAAUAAGCCCAACACGCAUACAGAUCACAAGAAGAAUUUGAAGCAGAGCCGUUGGUUAGUGUUGUUCACUCAACACAUCCUGGCGACCCGUCAAAAAAAGGAGAGGUGCAGCUUUUUAUACAUAUUUCCUAUCUUGUAAUAUAAUGUAAUCUAUUAUCACUAACCCAAACUUAGGGGUUUGAACCUUCCCCGCCUGCCAUAUGCACAGUUGACUACAGCUGGAUGUGGAGAAGGAAUGCCUUGACUAAAUCAGUCACACAUUCUCCAAACGUUGCUAGAAUGUUCCAGGCAGCACAGUGACAUUGUAAUGAAGGUGCAGUCAGUGAUGGGAGUGCAUUGUUGUUGGAGCUGGCUCAUGUUCCCUCCGUCACACACAGGAGGACAAUUUCAAAGUGUCUGUGUGUGUGUACAGUUACAGUCUGUCAUAGCAGAGAAUAAAUCUGAUGUAGCAGCAUAUUGUGUAUGUAUGGCCAAUAGUGAUUAAAUUAUAAAUUGUUGGGGGUGAGACAUCCAGACAGUACGUGGAUGCUAGAAUGGAGAAGAUCUGGUGACACAGUGUCCGUUAACGUAACACAGUGUAUAUGUCAAUGUACUGGUGUACGGUAUGUAAGUGUGUGAGUGCCUGUCUUUGACUUUGUGUAAAACUGUGUGUGAGACUGUUUGACUGCCUGCAUAUAGAGGCACAGCAUGAAUGGAUGCAUGUAGAAUGCAUGUUUUAAGACUGUGUGAAUACAGCUUCUGAUUUCCCAGGAGAGAAACUUUGAAAACCGAGCUAAAAGAAACGUAAACAGAAUACAGAGCAUGAUUGCUGCUUUCCAGUCUUGAUCAUCAUCCCCUAAAUUUGCACUGCCCCUGGUCUCUCCUUCAACACUUCUCCUUCACCUGCUUUUCAUGUGGUACCCUGGCACUUACAGUAGAUUUGGUGAGAGAUUUUGCUCUUAAUACAUUCAGGUGGGAAGCUGAAUAAGAAGCCCAUUCCUCGUUACCUGCAGGUUCGUAUAGCUCAAAAUACUUGUGCUAACAAACCCAACACUGGGCUGCUCACCUCAAUCCCAAGCCCAAUGAACACUGAGAAAUCGAUGAGCAGGCCCUCUCAACAAACAGAGAAUCCUCAUAUGGAAAAAUCAAUGGGAGAGAAGCGCCAUGUUGAGGUGCUGAUUGAUUUGGAUACAGAUACAGGCUGGCUGAUUACAUAAAAUGUGUGAAUGUGGUUUUAAUGUGGUUUUAUGUGUCAGGGUGUGAAAAUCAAGGGCCCCAAAGUAUUUGGUGGACACACUUGAUUGUCCUACAAUACAGUGGGAGGCAUAAGUAAAAUGCGCCAAUUUGAAAAAUAAAUACAAAAUUCCCCUUUUGAGGUUCUUGUGAUUGAGCAACAAUGCCAAGGUGAAAAUAUGUCGACAUUCUGUCGUUGUUUUCCCCCAUGAAUUGUAAGCUAUUAUAAACGUGAUGACAUUUUAAAGAUGUCCGACUGAGA